GAUGCGGCAGGUGAGCUGCCAAGACCUCUGGGCACUGAUGGAGCUGACUGAGAAGUGGGGGCACAGCGUGGAUCCUGGCCUGGCCGGUCUGCUGGGGCGACGGGCACCGCGCUCCAAGCAGCCUUUCCUGGUCACUUUUUUCAGGGCGAGCCCUAGUCCCGUCCGAGCCCCUCGGGCAGCCAGGCCCCUGAAGAGGAGGCCGCCGAAGAAAACCAAUGAGCUGCCGCACGCGAACAGACUCCCAGGGAUCUUUGAUGACGUUCACGGUGCCAACGGCCGGCACGUUUGCCGGCGGCAUGAGCUCUACGUCAGCUUCCAGGACCUCGGCUGGCUGGACUGGGUCAUUGCCCCCCAAGGCUACUCGGCCUAUUACUGUGAGGGAGAGUGUUCCUUCCCGCUGGACUCGUGCAUGAACGCCACCAACCACGCCAUCCUGCAGUCCCUGGUGCACCUGAUGAAGCCAGAUGCGGUCCCCAAGGCGUGCUGCGCCCCCACCAAGCUGAGCGCCACCUCCGUGCUCUACUAUGACAGCAGCAACAACGUCAUCCUGCGCAAGCACCGCAAUAUGGUGGUCAGGGCCUGCGGCUGCCACUGA